UCUCGCGUGGUGGCCCCACCCACCUCGGCCUUCUCAGCCGCUGGGACUUGAAGUUCCCGCCAGGUCGCGGCUGGGUGAGAGCGAUGCUGCGCGGCCCGCCUUGACUCUGAGGAGAGAGGAGCGUCCCCGGCCCCUUGCAGCUUGCUGACGCCUCCGAGCCCCGGCAGCCAUGUCCACGGGAUUUUCCUUCGGGACCAGCACGCUGGGCUCCACCACCGUAGCCGCCGGCGGGACCGGCGCAGGCGGCGGUUUCUCCUUCGGGACUGGGGCGUCUAGCAACCCUUCGGUGGGGCUCAAUUUUGGAACUCUUGGCAGCACUGCAACUCCUGCAACUACAUCCGCUUCCUCAGGUGGUUUUGGAACUGGCCUCUUUGGACCGAAAUCUACCACUGGGUUCACUCUGGGAGGAACAAAUACAGGAACGCCAGCCACAACAUCCGCAUCUACGACGGGUUUCAGUUUAGGAUUCGCUAAACCUGCUGCGUCUGCCACACCAUUUGCUCUGCCCAUUACUUCUACCUCAGCUAGCGGUCUUACUCUUUCGUCUGCUCUGACGUCAACUCCUGCAGCAUCUACAGGAUUUACUCUAAAUAACUUGGGUGGAACAACAGCCACGACUACUACUGCAUCAACAAGCCUCUCUCUAGGGGGAGCCUUAGCUGGUUUGGGAGGUUCGCUUUUCCAGAGUUCGAACACAGCAACAUCAGGACUUGGGCAGAAUGCUUUAGGCUUGACUUUGGGAACCACGGCAGCUACUUCAACUGCUGGCAGUGAAGGCCUUGGUGGUAUAGAUUUUAGUAGCUCAUCAGAUAAAAAGAGUGAUAAAACAGGAACAAGACCAGAGGACAGUAAAGCACUGAAGGAUGAAAAUCUACCUCCUGUCAUCUGCCAGGAUGUUGAAAAUCUCCAGAAAUUUGUGAAGGAACAGAAACAGGUACAAGAAGAAAUUAGUAGAAUGUCUUCAAAAGCAAUGCUUAAAGUACAAGAAGACAUUAAAGCUCUGAAGCAACUUCUGUCACUAGCUGCCAGUGGGUUACAGAGAAACACUCUCAAUAUUGACAAGUUGAAAAUAGAAACUGCUCAGGAGUUAAAGAAUGCUGAAAUAGCGUUAAGAACCCAGAAAACACCACCUGGACUCCAACAUGAAAACACAGCUCCCGCCGACUACUUCAGAAUCUUGGUUCAGCAGUUUGAGGUACAGCUUCAGCAGUACAGACAGCAGAUUGAAGAGCUAGAAAACCAUCUUGCCACACAAGCAAAUAACUCACAUAUAACCCCUCAAGAUUUGUCAAUGGCUAUGCAGAAAAUUUAUCAAACAUUUGUAGCUUUAGCUGCACAACUUCAGUCUAUUCAUGAAAAUGUAAAGGUGCUAAAAGAACAGUACCUUGGCUACAGGAAAAUGUUCUUGGGAGAUGCUGUAGAUGUGUUUGAAGCCAGGCGAGCAGAAGCCAAGAAGUGGCAGAACGCACCCAGAGUUACUACUGGACCCACCCCUUUCAGCAACAUGCCAAACGCGGCAGCCGUUGCCAUGGCUGCAACUCUUACACAGCAGCAACAGCCUGCUACAGGAUUUGGAGCUAGCUCUGGUUUUGGAUGCAGCACCACAGGGGCCUCCACAUUUGGAUUUGGAACAACAAAUAAACCCUCAGGAAGUCUUAGUGCAGGCUUUGGCAGCUCAAGUACAUCUGGGUUUAACUUCAGCAAUCCUGGCAUCACGGCAUCAGCUGGUUUGACAUUUGGGGUGUCCAAUCCUGCCUCUGCAGGUUUUGGAACAGGAGGACAACUCCUUCAGUUGAAGAAACCUCCAGCUGGAAACAAAAGAGGAAAAAGAUAAACAUAUGGGUUGAUGUGGUUGAGAGAAUUCAUAGCAGCGUCGUUCAUUCUAUGAGUCUAUUUUUCUAAAAUUGAUGCAGUAAUUAAAUUGCAUCCCAGGAGAUUUAUAAAGUUUUGAUAUUUUUCCCUACUCUGGAAUCUGAACUGUGUUCUUGUUUGCCAUGGUAAACAUCUUUUUUUCUUGUGAAUUUGAAACCCAGUUGUGUAUUUUUCGUUAUUUUUUGAUGGUCAGUGUAAGCAAUGUUCUGAUUACAUCACUGAUAAGUAAAGCCUAUUUAACCUAGUGUCAUACCAAUGUUUUUGUUGAUAAGGUUUACAUGAUGUGAAUAUAUGCACAUUUGUUUCUUAUACAGAUGGUAUGAAUUCUUAAGUCCUAUACUAGAAUCAGUUUGUUCCUUGGUAAAGGCCUUUUGAACUACACUGCAGGGCAUCUUGUGAAUAUGUAUGUAAAUAUAUACAGAAUAAUACACACAGUUGUGUGUUCACAUAAAAUAUAUAUUUACAGACCUACAACUUUUGCCUCAGACUUGUUCCCCUUUUCUAAGGGUAUUCUAUUUUUCACCUUUUAAGCUUCAAAGCCUCAGUGCUUGUAGAGUGAUGAGCUAGAGGUACCAGGUCAUUGCAGUUAUUUAAUUUACUUACAGACUUAAUGAAAUGGUUACUGGUGUAAAUACUUGACCCCCCAGUCUUUUCCAUAGCAGCUGCUCUGAAUGAGGAGUGCUGUAAGAAUCAUCCAACAGAUUUUAACAACUUUUAUUAUCCCAUACACCCUCACAUUUGCCUGUAUGAGAUGUUUUCUCAUAUCUGAGAUGAACCUUCAAGAGCAUAUUUGAACUCCAGACUGAUGUCUGGGGGCAAAGAGCUAUUAAGCCAAAUUGAUUCUAUGCAGGUGAAGGAUGCACUAUUACUUUAGUGGAAACUUUUGUAGCUAUUCCAGUACAGAGUUCUUUCUUAUAGGGCUAUUGAUAUUGACACCAAAUGGAGUGGUUUAUCAGCCUCUUAAUGUCUUAAGUAAGUGCUUAAUUUGGAAUAGAGAAACAAUAUAUUUUAAGAAAAAAGUAUUCUUUGUAGCAACUAUAAACUACCCCAUUUUAACAGUGAACAGAGGUCCAGGUAAAAACACAUAAGGCAUGUCAGAUUGCAUCUGUGUAAUAUUUGUCUAUAUUAGUAUUAGUGACAUCGAGUGGGUGAAAAAGAAGGCCCUUGGAAAGAGAACUGCCUUAGCUAUGAUUUCACACAGAAACCAUUAAGUAGACCUACUUUAUCUUUCAAGUACAGUUUUCAAAUGGGAUGUGAACAUGGAAUUCAUUGAAAAUAGUAUAAUUUUUUAUAUAGAAGGUUUUGUACAUAAUGUGCAUCAAGUGAAUAUUUUCAGAAUCCUUUUCACCAAGGCACCUUUUUUUCUAAAAUAGGUAUUACAUACACACACACACACACACACACACACACACACAUAUAUUUUUAGUAUAAUGUUAGUUGGGUUUGAUUACUAAAGUGUUGUUAAAUCUGUUUUAUUUAUCCGCAUAUAGCAGUGAUUGGCUUUUUGGAAUUGAAACUUUUGCGCCUUGAUGCAUUAAAAAUAAGGAAAAUGCUUUGUUUUGGAACACUGAAGUUUUUAUUUUUGCAUUCUUCUCUAAAACUGCAAUCCCCAGAUCCAGAUUUUGGGGAAGGGUAGGAAAACGUGGGAUUUUUGUGUUUUGAAUUACUGUCAGAAUUAAAUACCCAAAUAUAGCAAGCUUUUUUUUUUUUAAAGGACAUUGCAUUGUGCUGCAAAAAUCUGAAUAUUUAUAUUUCUUAAUUUUGUUCUUUAUAUCUUAUACAUUUUAAUAUGUUGAGCCACUGGAAAUUUGUAACAGAUCAAUUUGUGAUAGGAGUUUAAUGUGUUGUCAUUGUCUCCAAUGUCUUCACUCUGUCCUGAGCAUAUCAUUAUGUAAACAAUAAAAUAUUAUUGUGUCAGUUGCUUUGAAUCUU